GGGUUCUGAAUCUUUUCGUCAAUGCUGUCUCGACUUCUGGGGAUUCAUUCGCUAUUAUUCCUCUUACCCCAGGCGUCAUGACUGUGAGCGAUCCGAAAGAUGUCUUGAACACCAUCAACUUCGUCACGCAGUGCUUGUGUAUCCCUAUAGUCAGUGUCUUUGUGAUCCUGCGGUUUUCGAUUCGUACAUACUACAAGCAAUGGGUGGGGGUGGAAGAUUGGUCUUGUCUCGCGGCAUGGAUUCUGUUUAUGGGGUACUGUUCCAUCUCGAUUAUAGUGGGAAAAUACGGUGGAGGGUACCACAUUGAUGAUGUUUCGACCGCACACCAGGUCCUUUUUCGCAAGUUCUGCUAUAUCGCCACCGUUCUUUACUGCCCCAUGGCCCUGCUGGUCAAAGUCGCUCUCCUCUCCAUCUUGACUCGCAUCUUCGCUCCGUAUCGUACCAAGAUUCUCAUGAUCUACUUCUUUCUGGGCUGUCUGUUUGUCUACUAUAUUAUCGCCGAAAUUGUGAAAAUCCGGAUGUGCGACCCUAUUCCAGGAUACUGGACGGGUAACCCCAAGGCCAAAUGUAUGGACCAACAAGCCGCGCUCAUCGCCGACUCAGUCAUCAGUGUUGUCUCCGACUUGAUUAUCCUGAUCUUGCCUCUUCCAUUGACGUGGUCCUUGCAAAUGUCCCGCAGCAAGAAACUGCGAGUCAUUGGUAUGCUUUCUGCGGGUGGACUGGCCACAGCGUUCAGUCUUUACCGUUUGGUCCUGGUGGUCAGACAAGGAAGCUCAAGAGAUAUGACUAUUGUAUUUACGUGUGUCAUUAUGUCUGGCAAUGCGGAGGGCGGGGUCGCCCUGAUAUGCGCUUGCCUUCCCACCCUCAACAUUCUCAUCAACAAGCUCCGCAAGAAGGGCUAUUACAGUUCCGACCGUUACGAGCCCACCUCCUCCUUGCAACUGAGUAAGAUGAAGAACGGUGGCAGUAAACGGUUUUCUUUGGGCACGUCACGUCGAGCCGAUGGGCUCGAAUCUGCUUCGGACCAAAGCCACCUUAUUUCCUUUGCUGGUGCGCUCGAUGUUGCCUCCAGUGCGGAAACAGGCGGGAUUCAGAAAACGGUUGACGUAUCACAGACUGUUGAGGUCGUGGCAAAUAGGGAGCACUAGGUUGGAAUCAUUUGGGGUUACUUUCGUUUUCUUUUCUAUGUUAUGGGAUAUACCAAUGGCUGUGCUUUACGAGACUAAUAUUUCUUUUUGUAGUCAUGAUUCUGGGUGGCAGGUUGGCUUGGAC